UAAAGGUUGAUCCUCCUCCCAACAAUCUCAGCUACAUAUUUCCUUCAGUUAAACACACUGUUGAAAUAUUUUACAGGGAUUCUGCUAAACUGGAAGAGAUGCCAAGUUCUGAUGCCAAGUCAGUUCCUCCAGUAAGGCAUGAGUCAAAGUUAUAGGGGUGGAGAAUGAAACGGCUGACGGAUUGCCACAGCUGCACCUACAGAAGACAAAGCAGAUCUCCGGUGCUUGUUAGCCACAAAACCAAAAUGGACUUUUGGAAGAUUCUAUUGCUACUGAUGCAUUGCAGGAAUGUAAUUGGCGCUUCAGGUUUCUUCUGGCAUAUCUCAGACCUUCAUCUUGACCCAGAGUACCAAAAGUCCACAGAUCCCUUGAAGGUGUGUCCAUCAGCUGGCACGCAGCCAGUGAUCAGUCCAGGAACCUGGGGUGAUUACUUGUGUGACGCACCCUGGAUUCUUAUCAAUUCUUCUAUUUAUGCCAUGAAGAAGAUUCUUCCUGAUCCAGACUUCAUUCUUUGGACUGGAGAUGAUACUCCUCAUGUGCCAGAUGAAAAGCUGGGAGAUAAAAUCGUGUUGGAAAUAAUAGAAAAGCUAACUAAGCUGAUCAGAGAUGUCUUUCCAGAUACUCAGGUCUAUCCAGCAAUGGGCAACCAUGACUUCCACCCCAAAAAUCAGUUUCCAGCUGAGGAGAACAAGAUCUACAAUGUAACAGUAGACCUAUGGCGCGCUUGGCUUGAUGAGGCCUCCAUACAGACAUUCAAAAGAGGUGCUUUCUACAGUCAAUUGCUGCCUGGUGUUGGAGCAAGGAGGCGAAUAAUUGUCCUCAACACCAAUCUCUACUAUGAAAAGAAUAAUCGGUCCAUGAGUCUGGAGGAUCCAGGAGGCCAAUUCCAGUGGCUGCAAACUCUGUUGACCAAGGCAUCGGAAACGGGAGAAAAGGUCUUUAUUAUUGGGCAUGUUCCUCCUGGCAUCUUUGAAAAGAAACGAGGUAAACCCUGGUUCCGAAAACACUUCAAUCAAAGAUACACAGAAAUCAUUCAGAAACAUCAUGCUGUAAUUGCUGCGCAAUUUUUUGGGCAUCACCAUACGGAUAGUUUUAGAAUGUUCUAUGAUAACAAAGAUUCCCCGAUCAGUGUCAUAUUUUUAGCUCCAGCAAUUACACCUUGGAAGACAAGCUUGCCAGGUGUGCAGAAUGGAGCCAACAACCCUGGCAUCCGUGUUUUUAAAUACGACCGUAGCACUCUGCUCGUGAAGGAUAUAGUAACUUACUAUUUAAACCUCACCCAUGCUAACAUGGGUACUCCUGAGUGGAAGAAAGAAUACAGCCUGACAGAGGCAUACGGGAUCCCGGAUGGUUCUGUUCGCUCCAUGCAUCUGCUCCUGGAGAAGCUUAUGAGUGAUGAAGGCCAGCUGCAGAAGUACUACCGGUAUAAUUCCGUGCAGUACGACAACACGGUCUGCAAUGAUAGUUGCCAAACAGAUCACAUCUGUGCCAUCAGAGAAGUUGACUUUGAAAAAUACAAUCAGUGUGUUAUAGCCAGAAGUGCUGCAGCUGCAACCCCAAUUCUGGACAUUUUCUUACUUUGUCCUACAAUGGGUCUCCUUACUUUAGGCCUCUUCGACAUCUUGAGCAAGCUGGGCCACAAAUAGCACCAUGCGGAUUCCACAGGAGCAAAGAAGAAACACAGAAUGUAGUGACAGUCACAGGGGAUGGCAUCCUGAGAAUUUGGACCAUCAUUUCUGAUGAAUUUUUGAACUGCAAACUCAACUGAACUUCAUCAUCAUCAGAUCAAAAUUAUUAUUUUUCUUGCAUUAGGAUGGUGCAAGGUUUCCCUUGGAAAAAAACAAACACACACUUAGGUGGCAAAGCUUCUAAUCUAAGAGUAUCGUUGCUAUGACUUCAAGAGUUCGGGAUUGGGACGUUAUGUUGCAGUGGCAUAAAAGGGUAUUUCAAACUGAUGUUAGUGAAAGAGGAGAGGUUCUAAUGGAAUGUCCCAGAGCGUGGACUCCUCUUCUUUAACAUCCACAUGAAAUUGCUGGUAUCAAUACGUUGAUAUUGGGCUUCAGAUCAUUUAGCAACGGGUUCGCUGCCCCGUUUCUGGGUGGGCGUGGCCUAGUCAGCCACCUGCACCACAGCAGGCGGGGGGCAUUUUUCACUCUCCCCAGGCUCCAGAGGCUUUCCUCGAGCUUCUGAGAGGGUGAAAACAGCUUCCUCCAGAGGCCGGAAACAGGCCUGUUUUGGAAUCUCCGGUAGGCCUGUUUUUUGCCCUCCCAGACCCUCUGCAUGUUCCCUGCAUUUACCUGGAAUGAUGAACGGGCCGCAUGGAGACUCUUGGGAGGGGAAGGGAGGGGAGGGGAGGGGUGGGCAUUGCCAGCCAAGGGUUGCAUUUGGGGGUUCGCUGAAUCCCAGCGAUCCUUGGCUAGAGGAUCGCCCCGAAUCCUGCCGAACCACCAGGAGCCCACCCCUGGCUGAUCCCAAUUUUACAUCUCCACUCCAGGCUGAGUAAAUGACAUUUUGGAAUUCUUGAUUUGAUACCCAAACACUAUAAAGAACUGGAUUCAGUGAAACAGGUUCAACUGAAAACUCAGUGGAGUUAUCAUUUAUGCCAAUGUCUUCAGUUGCACAUGUGUAGAAAAUGAAUGUGUGUAAAUCAACACAAUAGUUUGAUUGGAAAUCUUUAUCUUCUGCUGAGGGCACCUUGGAAUCACAGAUUCAAUAAAUUUUCAAAAGAUUGUUUAA